AUGCUAAAUAAAAUUCCAGGUCUUUCACAAGUUCAGAACUUUACUACAAAGAACCCAUCGAAAAAGCUAGAGCAGCUUAGCAAAACACCGGGCCUGAAGAAUGAUCUGAUUAUCCGUGCCGCUCGCGGAGAACGGACGGAACGUGCCCCCGUCUGGGUUAUGCGACAGGCUGGUCGCUACCUACCAGAAUUUCGAAAAAUUCGUGAGAACUUUGAGUUCUUUGAAUGUUGCAGAAACCCAGAAGUUGCGUCAGAAAUCACUAUACAACCGGUGCGCCGCUAUGAUGGCUUAUUGGACGCCGCUGUUAUCUUUUCUGAUAUCCUCGUGAUCCCGCAGGCUAUGGGCAUGGAAGUUGAAAUGGUCCAAGGAAAAGGCCCUUCCUUUUUGAAGCCUCUUGACUCACCUAAAGACUUGGGCCGUCUUACGAAAGUGGACGUUCGAAAGGACCUUGGCUACGUCCUCGAAGCUAUUCGCUUGACGCGUGCGAAGCUCGCUGGCCGUGUUCCCGUGAUUGGAUUUUGUGGAGCUCCAUGGACUUUGAUGGCGUAUAUGAUUGAAGGAGGUGGUUCCAAAACUUGGGAAAAGGCUAAGCGCUGGCUCUUUGACUACCCUGAAGAAAGCAAACAUCUCUUGGACCGCAUUGCAAACGUGUGUGCUUCUUUCCUUGUCGAGCAGGUUUUGGCUGGUGCCCAGCUUUUGCAAGUGUUCGACUCGUGGGCUGGAGAGCUUACACCGUAUGACUUUCGCACUUUCUCGCUGCCUUAUCUCCGCAACAUUGCGAUCGAAGUCAAGGACAAGCUUGACACCCUGUCGGUGGAACCACCGCCCAUGAUUCUGUAUGCUAAGGGUGCGAUCAACCACUCACUUGUUGACAUCAGUAAAGCAGGCUUUGACGUUGUGGGUAUUGACCAUACAGUAGAGCCAGCGUGGGCGCGUCAUUGCCUCGCUGAAUCACAGACCAGCGGUCGUAAGUUUUCGCAGGUCGAAUCGAAAAAGAGUGGUCAGCACCCUAUUGCAUUGCAAGGCAACUUGGACCCUGCUAUCUUGUAUGCAAAGCCAGAGGUCAUUGAAGCGCGUGUCCGACGUAUGUUUGAUCCGUCAGUCGGAGGAUUCGGCGGUCAGGGUGCCCUGAUCUGCAAUUUAGGCCACGGUAUCACACCAAAUGUGGAUCCUGAACACCUGCGUGUAUUCUUGAACGCAGUUCAUAGGGUCAGCAGAGAAAUGGUCACUGACACUAACGAGUAG